AUGUCGCAAAGUUUAACUCAACUUAAAUCAAUUUACCUUAAAAACAACUUAGUGAGCCACAGAGUCAAAAAAAAUAAACAUUUGAAAAGUCUGUCUCAGGUUCCAGGAAAGAGUUUGGGGAAACUGAAUAAACCAGAAAAGAAACAAGAAAAUUGCGAUGUGCCGACUGUUAAACAUAUUCAAAAUGACCAUGAAAAGCUUUCAAUUAAGAUUAAGUGUGAUGAAGACUUUAUCAGGCUUGAAAAUUUGGGAGCCAGAAGCACAUUGGCACGCACUGGACUCUUAGCUUUGCAACAAAGAAUAAUCGAGCUGGAGUAUGCAAAAGCAAUUAAAACCCCGAGGAGUAUUGGGAUUGAUGAAAAAAACUGGAGAAUUGUAGAAGAAGACAGAAUUGACAGGCUGUAUGAUAAGUACCAUCAUUCUCCUGGCAAUGCAAGCCCCAUAAAAAGCAUGAUUUUUUAA